CCUAGCCCAACCCGUACUUUGCCCUUAGAUUCCACCACAGUGCUAACCCAGGUACGUAGCAAUGUAUACUUUCUCCUCUUCGCCUCCACGCACGGGCUACAAGCCUCGACUGGCGAUCUCCAUGGGAACCGGUCCGCUCGCCGCAGGAGAGGGUGCCGCGCGAAGUUAGGGUCACGUACCAUGGAAUUUUGGUCCGCAUGCUAUCUGACACAGUAUGCUACGAGGAGUCGCCAAGCAUGUGGUCAAGUGGGCAGUGCACGCGAGAGAGUCGAGGCGUGCGUGAAGAUGAAGGGCGGCGGCAGAGGUCAGGGGGCGGUGCGGAGGCCUGGCAUACAGAUGAACUUUGGUUUUGCGUUAAUAAAUCUGGUAGUGAUACUUGGUGAACGAUUUUGUAGCAGUUGCCGGACAACUUUAAGGAACGGGUGUUCAUGUACAGAGACCAGAUGGGUCACAGGCGGAGCAGAGAGCAAGAGGGCCAACAUCUUGCAUCAAUUUCACAUCACUCAUGGCCAAUCAUUCCAAAACUACAGUCUUUUUGAUCGGGCAGGUGAGGAAGCCCAAUUCCUUGGUGUUACCAAGCAUCGAUCAGGCAUGGCACACCGGUCUGGCCUUCGAGAGCCCCAAAUUAUCAUAGAGGCCCCGUGGCGGACUCCAACUCCUGGGAAUAUGCCUUGCCAAUUCGCCUUUCGCCGAUUCUAUCUUGCGUCGCUAUCCAUUGGGCCUCGAUUGUUCGGUCACGCGGGACCUGAAACGCGUGCAAUGCUCCCCCAGCGCAUGUUCCACGGGCUUAGAAUAUUCUCUAACAAGUACUUUACGAUGGAAUUCGUUCCAUCUGCAUCAGUUAUGGCCGUAUCUGUGGCCAGCCUGAUGGACAUUGUCUCUGUUGGUACCCAAAUCGAUAUCAUCUUAUUGACUGUCGCUUCUAAUCUAGGUUCUGCCGGUAAAGAUGCGCUGAUCAUGUCUCGAGAGCUGCGUUCAUUUUGCUCGACCAUUCGGAAUCUCAGCACUACUAUAGCCAUGCUCAAAGACACCCAUCAGCUAUCGCAGAUCUCAAACACGGUGUUCGAGAUGACAGUGGUGUCGCAAGAAAUCUUCACGGAAAUUCUUGAUCUCGUCGCAGAUCUUCGACGCGAACAGUCGAGCCAGACGGGCUCAAAUAAGAAGCUUGCCGCUAGAUUUAUGCUAUCUUUUGGCGAGCAUGAUUCUACGUCACGUUUUGGCCAUCAGAGUCACGUCGCUCCGCCACCUCUAGAGGAAUUGACACUACAAUAUCAGGCCAGUCUCCAAGACCUAGACGUGGCUCGCAUUGCGACGGAAGGCAACGAUAGCGACGAAUAUCCCGAUUCCCAAGCCCCUUUCGAUCAAAUUGUCGACACUCAAGUGGCUGGAGAGACAGCAGCGCUCCCCCAAGUCGACGCCUUAAUUGUCAAUCUGCGCGAAAAGGUACGGAAUAUACGUCCCUCGAUUUCAAAUGGCUAUCAUCCGACUACAGCAAACAUUAACAGCUCGCUGUUGGCACACAGUAUUCGCAUAUCGCAACACCUCGGAAUAGAGAUAAAUCCAACCCCUACCUUCCAAAAUCUGUAUCAGUUGUCCCAGAACAUAGGUGUAUUUGGCUUUGAAGCCAAUAAUGCAACCCAAAAGACAGAAUCUCCGACAAUGACUGAUCUCUUCGAGGAAAUGAACACUUGGCCAGGGAUACCCUGGGAGAAUACCGCGGACACCGUGGAAAUAUUCCAGUCAUUUAAACGAUUAUGCAUUGCCAUUAACCAUAGCGCAAAAGAAUCCUUGUUUGUAGACUGGUUUUCACGGGCUACCAAAGCUGUUUCGAAUGCUCCUUCCCAUCUGCAGCUAUUAUAUAUCGAUCGGAUUGUGCUAAAGCUGCGGAGAUGUGAGAGAGAGACACGAGAUCGAGCAGCAACCGUGGACAUGAACAUCCCCAUGUGCCUCAGAGUAUCAAUGAACGAUACAUGUGAGGAAGUCCUCGCUGCUUCUUUAGAAGAACACGAAGUUAUAGGCCCGACUGCAGAUUUUAGCCUGCACAUUGUGUAUGGCGAUACAGAAAGAUCUCUGGACCGGAAAGAAAGACCCCUCGUAUCAUUCAAAAAGCUUGAAGAGCAAGGCAGCGAGCCAAUGUUCAGAAUACGACUUCAUGGUAACCAAUAUGCGGACUGUACGACGGUAAUGCUGGACAGUGGCAGCACUGCACGGGUAAAAACACCCGUUCGUUAG